AGUCAACGUCCUUCCGUUUUGGUUUGUGAUCCUCUUUGGGAAAAAUGGCAGCAGAAACCGGGAAAUAUAGAAGUACCAUGAGUAAAACCAAAGACCCUUCGGGGUUACUGAUUUCCGUUAUCAGAACCCUGUCUACAAGUGAUGAUGUGCAUGACAGAGAGACAGAAAAGAGUCGCUUGGAAGAAGCCUUUGAGAAGUGCAACCGUGAAUUGGAUGAGCAAAUUGUUCAGCACUAUACAGAGCUAACCACUGCCAUUCGAACUUACCAGAGCAUCACUGAACGUAUCACCAGUUCACGUAACAAAAUUAAGCAGGUUAAAGAGAAUCUGCUUUCAUGUAAGAUGCUUCUUCAUUGCAAGAGAGAUGAACUUCGAAAGCUUUGGAUUGAAGGCAUUGAGCAUAAGCAUGUUCUAAAUCUCUUAGAUGAGAUAGAAAAUAUUAAGCAGGUUCCCCAAAAACUGGAGAACUACAUGUCUAGCAAGCAUUAUCUUCAUGCAACUGAUAUGCUGGUGUCUGCAGUUAAUUCCUUAGAAGGUCCACUUCUUCAAGUCGAGGGGCUUAGUGACCUUAGAUUGGAACUCCACAGCAAGAAGCUGAGUAUGCACCACGUCUUGAUAGAUGAACUUCAUAGACAUCUUUACAUAAAAUCUACAAGCCGAGUUGGAAAUAAAAGCAAAGAAAAAGGGAGAAUGCUCUCUUCUGUAAAGGACAUAUCUCCUGUUCCAAUCAUCGAGAUCUCCAACUUAUCAACUCCUCGAAAGUUUUUGGAUAAUUCACAGUUUGGCACUUCUGGGAGCAGCACCAUUCAAGAGAUAAGUCUUCAGGAUAUCAAAGAGGACUUGGAGGGUGACCCUGAGGAAAACAGUGCCACAUUUAUGGGAGUACUUAUUAAAUGUCUUGCUAAGCUUAAAAAAAUUCCAGAGACAAUCAAGUGCAUCGUAGAUCGCCUGGAGUUAGAGCUGAAGCAGAUUGUAAAGCGAUCCACCACACAAAUUGCAGACAGUGCAUACCAGAGGGGAGAAAUACUUACUCAGGAUAAUCAACCCAGGUUGUUGCUGGAACUUUUGGAGUUGCUUUUGGAUAAAUUUAAUGCAGUAGCCGCUGCACACAGCAUUGUUUUAGGUCACUUAAAGCAGAUUGUAGUGUCUUCGACUGGUGUCCAGGAAGGGGUGAUCAAACUCUAUGAUAUGGCGGAUGUCUCAUCGAAAAUACAAAGUGUGCUACAGGUUCUUUUGAUGGAUUAUUUGGAUGUGAAAAAUACUCGAAGUGCUUCUGAGCCAGCUUCCCAAAUUAGCUAUGCUAGCACAGGUAGUGAUUUUGCAGCCUUCUUUGCUAAGAAAAGGCCACAGAGACCAAAGCAGUCCUUGUUCAAGUUUGAAUCUUCUUCCCAUGCCAUAAGUAUGAGUGCUUAUUUACGUGAGCAGCGCAGGGAGCUUUACAGUCGGAGUGGAGAACUACAAGGUGGUGCAGAUGAUAAUCUGAUUGAAGGAGGGGAAACCAAGUUUGUCUGCAAACCUGGAGCAAGAAAUAUUACAAUCAUCUUUCAGCCUUUACUGAGAUUUAUUCAGGAGAUAGAGCACAAUAUGGGCACUGGACAGGGCAAGCAAUGCCAGCUGAGGACAUUUCUUACCUACUAUAUCAGUGAUUUCUUCCUCAACCAAGUCAGAGUGGAAAUUAACAAAGAAAUUGAAGCUGUCACAAAAGUAUCUGACCCCUUGAAAAUCCUUGCUAGUCCAGAUACAAUGAAAGUGCUUGGAGUUCAAAGGCCUCUCCUGCAGAGCACAGUUGUUGUGGAGAAAUCCAUCCAAGAUUUGAUGAAUCUAAUGCAUUCCCUUAGUGCCUAUUCCAACCAGUUUUUAGAAAUGGUGUGUGACAAACUAAAGGAAUACAAAGAAAUCUGCAAUACUGCUUACAGCAGGGGUAUUGUUCAAUCUGAGGAAAAACUGACAAUCAGUGCAUCUUGGGCAAAAGAUGAAGAUAUUAGCAGAUUACUCAAGUCACUUCCUAACUGGGCUAACAUGACUCAGCCACGACAACUGAGACAAAAGAGAGAGGAUGAGGAGGACUUUACUAGGACUGCUUUUGCUAAAGAAUCAGAGGUACUGACUGGUAACCUAGGAGACAAGCUGAUUCCUCAGAAUGAAAUCUUGCGUGAUGUCAGUGACCUGAAGGCCCUUGCCAACUUACAUGAGAGCUUGGAGUGGCUAGCAGGAAGGCUGAAAGGAUUUUUUUCAAACCUGACAGCAACUCAGUGUGAGUCUUCAUCAGAAUCUCCAGCAGGUUCAGAUCAGAGUCAAUCCUGUGAGCAAAUCCUGCAGACUCUGAGUGACUUAGCCGGUUCCUUUCAGGAAAUGGCAGACCGUUGCUUACUUGUGCUUCAUUUGGAGGUUAGAGUACACUGCUUUCAUUAUCUUAUCCCACUAGCAAAACAAGGAAACUAUGCCAUUGUCGCCAAUGUCGAAAGUAUGGACUAUGAUCCGCUGGUGGUGAAACUAAAUAAGGAUAUCAGUGCCAUAGAAGAAGCUAUGAGUGCCAGUCUGCAGCAGCACAAGUUUCAGUACAUCUUUGAAGGUUUAGGCCACUUAAUUUCGUGCAUUCUGAUCAAUGGUGCCCAAUAUUUCAAGAGGAUUAGUGAGUCUGGAAUUAAAAAAAUGUGUCGAAAUAUCUUUGUCCUUCAGCAGAAUUUAACCAACAUCACAAUGUCCCGAGAAGCAGACCUUGAUUUUGCAAGGCAGUAUUACGAGAUGCUGUAUAACACAGCAGAUGAGCUGCUGCACCUAGUUGUGGACCAGGGUGUCAAAUACACUGAACUGGAGUACAUUAAUGCAUUAAGCCUUCUUCACCGCAGCCAGACUGGAGUUGGAGACCAGACUGUGCAAAAUAUGCGUCUUCAACGUCUAAAAGAGAUUAUUUGUGAACAGGCUGCUAUUAAGCAGGCUACAAAGGACAAAAAAAUAACGACUGUCUGAACACCCUCUGUAACUUGUUGUGUAUUUGCCAACACUUCAGAAAGUCAAAAUGUUUAGAAUUGUUUUCGCCUAUAUGUUAAAAACCUAAGGUUAAUUUGUCAUUUUACUUUAAGAACAAAGAAAUCAUAGGCAACUUGUUAGUGUAAACGUAUCUCAAGCCCUGCUUAAAUGCAUUCUUAUAAAGAUCUUUGGGCCAUUUGGAGAUGUUUUAUGGACAUUCUGUUUGGCAUUUAAGACCCAUGAGCUUUCGAGUAAUAAAUUCUCAUUCAUUUUUCAGGACUCUUAAAAUACCAAAUGUGUGCUCAGAAUAGAAAUGACUGAAAGACUGUAAGUCUUAGCUUUGAGAAAAUUAAAAGCUGAGUAAAGGGAGAAACUCAUUUUAUGCCAACUAAUUUUCUUUUUACAUAACAGAAUGAUGGCAUAUUUCCCUCUUUGAAUAAUGUAAGAAUCUGCAGUCUUUUUUGCUAUGGAAAUGUCAUAUAAAUUAUAAAAGUGCUAAAGAAAUGUCUCUUUUGGUAUUAUGCCUUUUUAUGACAUAUUUACUUUGUAGCGCUACUUGCUUAAUUAAAAACACUAAAGAAAUAACAUAUUAAAAGAUGGCAUCAAAAUCUAGGUGUUUAUUUUCAUAUUUAAUACCUUGGUAAUGCUUUUCUAGUAUGAAUCCUUACAACAAUAUGGUGUCUCUUUAGUAUGAUUGUAGAUAUGUUACUGACAUGAUUUUUAUGUGUGUUUGCAUUUAUGAUAGCAUUUUUUACAUAAUGACAAGAAUACCACUAAGGGAAACAGAUGUAAAGAAAAAUACAGAUGCACACUAAGACUAAAGAGUACCUUUUGAAAUAGACCCACCUGUAAAAACUUUAGAUAUUUCUUUUUAUUUUUUGAGAUUUACAUUUUAUUGGAAAAACCUUUUAAGGUGACCUAGCAUUGUAUUAUUUUUAAGGUAGACCAUUCCUAUAGUGGCUAAAAUUAAAUUGUUGCUAAAUACGAUAUACACUUUUUAAAAAAUGACUGCACAUAUAUGGUAUAAAAAAUGAAAUGGGUGGCUUAUUAAUGUGCGUUGCAGCUUAAGUCAAAUUCUCAAUGAAGAAUGAUAAUGAAAUCAAUGCAUCACAGUCUUUCAUUUUGCAGCAUUUAGGUAUUGAUUUGAAAACAUAAUAACAAUUUGGUCGAUACUUCAUAUUUUCAUCCUUUCUUAUCAUUACAGAGAAAACGCUCAUACAGUGAUGUCUGCUUUACAUUUAUGAUUCUUGAUAAUUACUCUCUUUGUGACCUUUGUGUAGUUUUAAUGGUUGAAUUUGAAGAUACCUCUAUUGUUUCCUUUGAUAAUGCAUGCCUGCUAUUAAAUAAGGUAGCUAGUAUAUAUUCAGUAGAACUAAACAAAAGCUGUGAGCUGAGCUACAUGCAUUAUAUUUUUGAUCAGGAAUGCUACAGCAGAAAUGGGCUUAAUGUGCUGAAAAGAGUGAUAUUCAGUUGGUGCAGUUCCUUUAUAAUAAAUGUUUUAUUUGGAAACCCUUUCCAUA